GGGAACGCGUGCGACUCUCCGGGCCCGCGGGACUGUCCGCUACUUCGGGUCCCCGCAAGUACCGAGCGCCGGCCCCGAACUCUGUUCGCAGCUGGUAGUGGGGCUGGGGGCUUCGCGGAGUCCUUGAAUUGGAGCGACGCUGGGUCCUCUGGUUGUCCCCUGGAGGGGAGGGCCCACGGGCGGAGACAUCGGGGAGCGUCCUUCCCACGGCGCGGUGCAUUUGGGCGUCACCCACCGGGGGGCGUUUCCUGAGACCCUCAGGGAUCUCAGAGGCGAGGUAACCUGAGGACCGGACAGACUGAUUCUGGGAUCACUGAGCCCGGCUACUCCUGUGGAUCUGGAGAAACGCGGCCAAGACUGAAGUUCAAGGCCCUGUCUUCCCGGUGGAACUGACAUCUGUGGCAAGUCAAGCUCAGGAACAAGACGCUGUCAUCACAGGUCGACGCUCUGUGGCCUGCCUGGCCACUUCCAGCCAACAUGGUGGACACAGAGAGCCCCAUCUGUCCCCUCUCUCCACUUGAGACGGAUGACCUGGAGAGUCCCUUAUCAGAAGAAUUCUUACAAGAAAUGGGAAACAUUCAAGAGAUUUCUCAGUCCCUCGGGGAAGAGAGUUCUGGAAGCUUUAGUUUCACAGACUACCAAUAUUUAGGAAGCUGUCCAGGUUCUGAGAGCUCUGUCAUCACAGACACACUCUCUCCAGCUUCCAGCCCCUCCUCAGUCAGCUGCCCUGUGAUCCCCGCCAGCACGGAUGAGUCCCCUGGCGGUGCACUCAACAUUGAGUGUCGGAUAUGUGGGGACAAGGCCUCAGGCUACCACUACGGAGUCCAUGCGUGUGAAGGCUGCAAGGGCUUCUUUCGGCGAACUAUUCGGCUAAAGCUGGUGUACGACAAAUGUGACCGGAGCUGCAAGAUUCAGAAAAAGAACAGGAAUAAGUGCCAGUACUGCCGCUUCCACAAGUGCCUGUCUGUUGGAAUGUCACACAAUGCGAUUCGUUUUGGGCGGAUGCCAAGAUCUGAGAAAGCAAAACUGAAAGCAGAAAUUCUUACAUGUGAACAUGAUCUGGAAGAUUCGGAGACUGCAGACCUCAAAUCUCUGGCCAGGAGAAUCCACGAGGCCUACCUGAAGAACUUCAACAUGAACAAGGUCAAGGCCCGGGUCAUCCUGGCAGGAAAGACCAGCAAUAACCCGCCUUUCGUCAUACAUGACAUGGAGACCUUGUGCAUGGCUGAGAAGACACUUGUGGCCAAGAUGGUGGCCAAUGGCAUCCAAAAUAAGGAGGCAGAAGUGCGGAUCUUCCACUGCUGCCAGUGCAUGUCCGUGGAGACCGUCACCGAGCUCACCGAAUUCGCCAAGGCCAUCCCAGGCUUUGCAAACUUGGACCUGAAUGACCAAGUAACCUUGUUAAAGUAUGGUGUGUAUGAAGCCAUCUUCACAAUGCUGUCCUCCCUGAUGAACAAAGACGGGAUGCUGAUCGCGUAUGGCAAUGGCUUCAUCACGCGGGAGUUCCUGAAGAACCUGAGGAAACCGUUCUGUGACAUCAUGGAACCCAAGUUUGACUUUGCCAUGAAGUUCAACGCCCUAGAACUGGACGACAGUGACAUUUCCCUUUUCGUGGCUGCUAUAAUUUGCUGUGGAGAUCGGCCUGGCCUUCUAAACAUAGGAUACAUUGAGAAGAUGCAGGAGGGUAUCGUGCACGUGCUCAAGCUCCACCUGCAGAGCAACCAUCCCGAUGAUACCUUUCUCUUCCCGAAACUUCUUCAAAAAAUGGUGGACCUUCGGCAGCUGGUCACGGAGCAUGCACAGCUCGUGCAGGUCAUCAAGAAGACCGAGUCCGACGCAGCACUGCACCCGCUACUGCAGGAGAUCUACAGGGACAUGUACUGAUUUCUCCUGAGAUGGCAGCCAUUGCCGCCGUCCAGGGACCUCUGAGGUCUGCAGCCCCACACAGGAGAGCAGGGAUUUGCACAGACAACCACCCUCCUACCCUUGGAGAUAAGAGGGCUGAGCCUAGGUAAUGCAGGCUCUUCCCACGUCUUUCCUUUCUGAAUUGGCACUUCUAAGAACACCUGUUACUCAAACGCUGGUGAGCGGAGGCUAAUAGGAUUCAGACAAUCACAAGGAAUGGCAAUCCCCGGGCUGAUCGUAACUGGUCCCGCACUAAUCAAUGCACAUUUCUCUACAUCGCGUUUAUAAUUUGCCCCUAUAAUUAAUGUGUAACCUCAAAGUCUGAGUGUUUUCGUCUCUGCUCACCGACCUUCUGGCUGUGUGUGCCCUUGUAAAUUCUGAAAAAACUAAUCUGCACUUUUUAACCAAUGUCUGAUACACAAAGACAGGAUGAGGCCCGAGAGAGCGACAAGUUCUGCAAUCCUGUUCAUGUUAACCCCAUAGCAUGUUGGCAUGACAGCAGUUCCAGAGAUGGAGUCGCAGAAGAUCUGUAAACGCUCCUCUAGGCCCCCUCGGGCAGCUCCUUUAAUAUGACACUUUAUGGCUUUUUUUGUUUUUAAAUCUUGAUGGGGAGAUACUCCCUGGAGUGGAGAAGGCAAAGGUGACUUUACUACCCAGGCCGGGAGGGUCUGGUCACCCUGGAGAACAAGAGGCAGGGGUGUGGUGUCCUUCCCCUUCUAUCUGUACCCAAUAGAAGAUCUCACAACACUUGAUUGGGUUUUUGUUGUUGUUUUGUUUCAAAGAAUUAGAUGAUGAAGUCCCUUUUCUUCCAUCCCAUUGGGCAAGCAGUGCUGACUACCUUCAGGAGAAAUAGUUGGCACAGAGAAUUCCCAGACCUCACGGAUCUGCCAGCACCUGCCCUCCAAGAGGGUGGCUGCAUAUUUCUGACCAGGGUGUAUCUUUUGUGCCCCUUCCCAUCUUUAGAAAAUUUUGACUCUUCUGAAGUCACAUUAUCUGUUAUUAAAGAAUAAUCAAGAUGGAUACUGCCAGGGAGUUGGGGAUGUAGCUCAGUUGGCAGAGGGCUUGCUGAACCCUAGUGCUGCUUUCUGCUGGGCAUGGUGGCGCGUGCCUGUGACCUCAGCAAAUGUUUAAGGUCGCCUUCAUAUGCACACUUAAGUUUGAUUCCAGUCUGUACUGCAUGAGACCCUGUUUUUCUUUUAAAAAUAUUGAUGCAGAUAAAAUAUUCAAGAUCAGCAUUAUGAAGACAGCAAAACGAAUAAUAUGGCCAUGAUAUUUCAAGUAGGAAAAAGGGAAAAUUAGGGUUAAGACAUAAUUUAAGAUUUGCACACUUAUGGCUGAGUGGUGGUUGUGCACAUCUUUAAUCCCCGCACUCGGGAGGCACAGGCAGGUAGACCUCUGUGGGUUUUGGGUCCAGCCUAGUAGGGCCAGCCUGGUCUACAGAGUUAGUUCUAGGACAGUCAAGGCUACACAAAGAAACCUUGUCUCAAAAAAACAAAUAGAAUGAGUCUUUUUCUGCCCUGCCAGCCAGCUCCCAAAUAAUGACACAGAAACUUCUGAUUAAUUAGGAAAGCUUGGCCCAUAACUUAGGCUUAUUCCUAACUAGCUCUUAUAACUUAAAUUAACCCAUUUAUAUUAAUCUAUGUUCUAUCACAUGGCAUCACCUCUCUUCCAUCUUGGACCUCCCGUUUCCUCUUCAUGUCUCCUGGAGUCUCUAGGGUGCUGAGAUUCCUCCCCCUCUUCCUUUCUCUACCUGGAAAUCCAGCCUAUACCUCUCCUGCCUAGCCAUUGGCCAUUCAGCUUUUUACUACACCAAUCUCAGCACUACAUCGUCAUACCGUGUACAAAUAUCCCAUAACAUCCCCCUCUCUCUUUCUCUCCUUCCUCCAUGUCUUCUUUCCUGUCUUCGGUCCUCAUUCUCACUUUCCCGCUUUUCCCUCCUCCCUUCCUGCCAGACAAAGGCUCUGCUGGGCAGCAGUCGCUGCAGGCAGUCUGCCCAGGCUCUCAGGAAUCAGUGGCAGAGCAAAUCAGUUCCAUAGAUGAUCCCAGUGAGGAUUGAGCUCAUUCGGGAAGGAGCUGGCCUCUGUGGCACAUAGCAUACCCAGUCUUUGGUCCUUCCUCCAGGCUAGAGGGGUCCUAGGUUUAAAGGGUCAAAGGUUGGAUUCCAGUUUCAAGUCCCCAACCAGGGUAGACUCCUGUUCUGAUGGGCAUUAGACAAAUGCCACUCUGGGGUAGGUGACCUUGGAAAGAGAGUUUUGAGUCAUGGGUUUUUGGAGUAGCCAUGCACUCUGUUUGAACUUCCAUAAAACUUAUAAAAGUAGCCCGUUGCCGUAUGCUUUCAGCAUGGACCACACAGCUGACUGACAGCUCUGUGUCAGCUUGGGUCAGAGCUGAUGCUCAGUGGUGUUCAUGAAGAUGUGGUGUUCUCAGAGCCUCGUGUGACUGCCAGUGAGUUACCCCAGGGAAACCAGGAGGGACCACAGUGGCCUUGGUUUGGAAGUCACGGACUUUGUGCACUUCCAUUAAUAGGAAGAAUAUUCACGAUGUGGCCACAUAGUGAUAGGAUCUUUCAGGUCACCUAGUCAGAUUUAGCAAGGCGACAGUCACCCAAGCCUUGCCAGGUCAAAUACUGUGGCACAUGUAGGAACGAUAAAGUGAAUAGCUAUGGUCUGCAAGGUGUCAGUGGCAUCAACCAAUAGCCCAGUAAGAGAUGCCACCUUGGUUCCUGGAGUUCUAGAGCAGGGGUGUGGAGCCACUUCUCAGCACUGAAGGCAAAAUUCUCCUGGUGCCAGACUCCUUGGAGACCAGUAGAGACCAAGUCCCUCCUCCUCAACUCCUGUGUCCAGGAGAUAUGAAGGAACAUUUGCUGUUAAAGGGAGCUUUAAAGAUGCACUUGUGCAAAAAUGGCUGUUAUCUACUGAACUGAGGUCUACCUGACUUCCUCUGGGACCCUGUCUGCUUCACUCUGCUAGCCCCUCCCUCCACACCACCUCUUUCCAAUCGUCUUAUAGGCCCUCCCCCAGGAGAGAUUCUUGAAGCAGAACUUCAGCAAGCAUGGCCCCUGGGCUGCUCUACACUCAGCUUGUAUCUGUCUGAUUCCAAACAUAUCUCGCCUUGAGCCUUUAUCAACACACCAUGACAUGGGUAUGCUGGACACUCAGCAGCCUGACGCAUGGUGGAAAGGGAUUUUUGCCCUGCUUCCUUGGCCAUGUAUCUUGAAAAUUUCUUGCUGAAGUUCAGCUUAAAGGUUUUCUGGUGUCCCCUGAGACUGGCUAGCCUUUGGCCCAGGGCCUCAUAGAGCCAGAAAGCCCACCACCUUCGCAGAAUCUCUCCUUAACCUUUGUGGCCUUUCGAGAUGAAGAUCCCACUGGAAAAAUGCAGCACCUGCCUACAGCUGCUCACACAGAAUGCAGAGUAGGUCACAGCCUCUGGAGGGGUGAGAACAGGAGCCUAAACCGAUCUUCAAGUAGAUACCACCAGCCUAGUGGCUGGAGGGCCAGCCUGGUUUCCCAGUGGCCCACCAGGCACCACUCUGUCCCCAGUCCCAUUUGUAUGGCUGACACCCGUGAACAGAACAGGAUCAGAAUAUCAGAACAGCCUGACUCAGAACAGAGACAGCCUUUGUCUUUCUCUGAAAACACAGCACACACUAAGAUCUGCAUCAAGACAGGUUUGGGUUUAAAUGAGUAGAUCAUGUUCCUCUCUAGCCUCCUCUGAGGAAUGUAUUGGCAUCUCUGGUUUUUCCUCAGUGGAGUGGGCUUCAGGCUCAUCAGACCCCAGCCAACAGCUGUCGCAUCCAUGUCUCAGAAUCUCAGAGACAUGAGAAAAAGAGCGUGUUUGCUCCCCCAAGAGAACUCCUUUUGUCAGGGAGAGUGGUUGCAUAGUGAGGUGCACCUUUGGGGGAGUCCUGUGCCAACCGGAACUGACCAAACUGCUUCCAUGGUCAGUGUCAUGUCUUGACCACACAGCUGACAGCACCUGACACCUCAGUGCCUGCCAGGUGCCAUUGUUGGCAAGAGAAAAUGAAUCAUAGACAGCGACCAGGCUCAGUUUCACUUUCUUUUUAUUUACAAGUUUCCCAGUUGAGGUCAAAUAUAGAAACUCUGGAAUGAUCUGUGAAGAGAGGAGCUAAUGGUCUCCUUUUCACAUGUCUUUCCCCCUUGUCCAGCUUCAAAUUAAUUUAUUCAGUGAAAUAUGCUUCACCACUGGGGCACAAGUCACCCCUACAGUGGUGAGGCCAGAGCAGAGGCAGAUGGGUAUCUGGGCUCCCUGGCCUGCAGUGGGCACUUGGGCAUCUUUCCCAGACCCCUGGGACUCAGUGUGUAUCAAGUCCUGUAGAGUCUGGAUUCAGGCCCUGAAGACCAGCGAGUGGCUGACCCUUUCCUGGUAAAGUUGUCACUGGGGGAAAUUUCACUUUUAAAAAAGAGGCUCUUUUGUCAGGCCUGAAACCAAGUGUACCUCACAACAGAUGACUGCCACUUGGCACCUUUCUAGGAAGAUGUCAGUAUUAUCAUGUCAAGUGUCACUAUGUUUUCUGCACUGAAUGAAAAAAGAAUUAUCUUUAUAGCUAUAUCUGAAAUACUGUGAUUUCUGUUUUUUUGUUUUUUAAACGCUCUGAUACAAGCAGUUGACUAGCUUGUGAUCUUGUGUCUGAUUGCCAACACCUGGAAUCUUCUAAGUCGGGGUUCAAUGCGGUGUAUGUUCAAAGCCUGGCCCUUGAACCUGCUCGACCCAGGAAGCCCAAAUACACAACAGCACCACCGCCCGUGAGCGCAUGCCCCACACCCGAGCUGUGCACUCUCUCUUUCCAGUGUGGGCAUCUGUUCCUUUAGUCAUUGUUUUUUUUUUUUCUUCCCCCUCGCAACAAGUGCAAGCCAAUCUGUUUGUAUCCAUCUCUGCCAGCCAGGCCUUCCUGAACCCUGACUGGAAGUCACUAACCUUACACCGGUGUUGCUAUCAAGGCUACUACUGAGUAGGCUUGUAGGGUUAACAGCUGCCUGUUAUUCAGGGAAUUGUUACCUGUAAAUUACCAAAGAACUGUGGUGAUCUGAGUUGUUCCACUGUGUCUCCAUGUCAUUUCCAGUCUCCUGGCCACAUUGCUCCUUGGUGUGUCUUCGUAACACGCUCCAAGACCCACAGUGCCAUCCCACUAGAGCCCAAGGGGAGGGGGGGUCACACACACACACACACACACACACACACACACACACACACACACACGGACAUGCUCAUUUCCAAAGCAAGGUCUGAGCCAGCUUUCUGCCACCUGCUCACUACUGUCCAUGUGCCAUUCUCUCAGAGCUGGGGGCCUGCAGCCCUUCUUCACUUCUGUGGUAAAAAAACGGUCCUGAACAGGGAUUGUUGAGCCAGUGCCGGCAUCCUCUCCCACCUCCCAGCUCUUCGUGGAUACAGGGCUACCCAGGACAUCAGGAAUCCAGGGUGAACACAGAAGCACAAAUAGAAUUUACUAGUCAUAUGAACUGACUGGUUCCAGGCAAUUAGAAAAUGGCUGUAACUUAACCUUAAUUAAAAAAAAAAUUGAGUCUUCUUCGUUUUCUCCAUAGGAGAUUGAACUGACUGUAUGCAUUGAUUUAUAUCCUGAAUUUAUGGGAACCUGUAUGGAAUGUCCUACUGUAAGACUGAUGAAUGUAAAGAGUUAAUUUCAGGGUACAGUUUUGCCUUAAUGGUUUAAAAAAAAUAAACUAUUUUUAAAACUUA